CUUCCGGGGGGGGCGGGAGAGGCAGAGCGGCGGGGAACGCGCGGGGCCAUGGAGCGCACCGGGCUCAUCACCGACUCCUUCCCACGGCGGCACCGGCGGCCGGGGCGCGCCGAGAGCAAGGACGGCUCCGCGGCGCGGCGGGGGGAGCGCGGCAAGGGGCGGGGGCGGCGGGCGGGGCCCGCUGUCGUUCCGCCCCCCCGCCCCCCGCCCUUACCCACGCAGGAGGCCGCCCAGGAGCCCCCGUCGCCCCCCCGGCCCCCCCCGGAUCUCCUGGACAUGCUGCGGCGCUUCGACCUGGCCUGGGAGUACGGCCCCUGCACGGGCAUCACCCGCCUGCAGCGCUGGGAGCGGGCGCAAGCACUGGGACUGAGCCCCCCGUUCCCAGUCCGCGAUGCCCUCCUGGAGCACUGCGAUGACCCCGCAGUCACCUACAGCCUCUGGCAUGAGUACGGGCUCUGAGCCAGCGGAGGGACGUGGAGUAAAGGCUGGCGUGGAUGAGGUGGCUGCAGCGUGGCGUGUGCGCUGGGGGAAGCGAGCCGAGAGGCUGUGCGGGCACAGAGCUUGAUGCCAGCACCGGGGUCCUGCGGCAUGACACCCGGUGGCAUCGUGCCGCAGGACCCCGGUGCUGGCUAGCCUCCCCUGCCCUGUGUGGGGAUGAUGGCAGUGGCGAUGCAAGGCGCCUGGUAGCAAGGAUGAGAGCUCAAGGGGGAACGGGGAUGGGAGGUAGAGGGGUGCUGGCAGGGGGCUUGCAGGUGAGAAGAGGGACAGUGGGGGGGAAGAAGGACAGCUAAGGAGGAGAAGGGAUGCAGGCAGAGGUGUCCCUUCCUAGGUGACCAUACCGCGCAUCCCCCAUAGAGCUGAGGUGACCAGGGUAGUGGCAAUGCCAGAAACAUUUGGAUGGGGCCAUUUGGACGGCCCACGGGAGCCUGCAUCGCGUCUGCCUCCCAGAGGCAUUGGGGGGGGGGGGGUUAGUCCUGUGGGAUUCAUUUGAUUAUUAGUAGUUUCGCUGUUUAAUAGCGUGCAGAAUUGUGUAAGCACAAAUUAAUAAAAGAGUGAGUUUGUUAAUUA